AUAUAAAAGGCAAACAACAGAUAAAAGCUCAGUGAGAAAGAGAGAGACAGAGACAUCAUCUGCAGCUGAUUACCAAAGCUUGUCAAGAUGAAAUCAUUUCUAUUGGCUUUUGUUGUACUUCAGGCUUUCCAAUACUGUGCAGCCAUCCCGGUGUUGGACUUCCUCCCAAUCAUUGAAGAUGCACUGAGUCAAUCCAUUAUACAGUUGAACAGCGACACAACUAGUGGUUACCUGUUUGCCGCCAUCAAUAAUGAAUUGCUGCAUGUUAGCCCUACAGGACCAAAUGAGAUAUCUGUGGACCUGAGAUUUAACGCAAGGGAAACCCUCUGUCCCAAAAACAGUGGAAUGGAGGUUGAAAACUGUGAGCUGAAUAGAAGCCCCUCAGCUGAAAUCGUUACAUGUCACAGCAGUGUUACCUAUUCAUCGGGAACGUUUGUCGAUGUUUUUCUACGUUGCAAGGACGCAAGAACCAGAAUUAUGGACAGCAUCAGUUCAUCAUCCUCCUUCGAGAGUAGUGAAGAGAUCCUGUUCCAGAGGAGGUCACCACAAUUUCAGGAUGAGUACUACUCAUCAGUCGACUGGAAUAAUCGGCCAUCUGGUCAACGCCGGAGGAACGGCUCUGCCGCGGGGAAGAAAAAUAACCAGAGGCAGAAUCUGAGCCAGGGUCUGUCAUCCAAGAAGAUUCCACGUCGUAAACAGAAUCCGGACUCUGUCGCGGAAUAAACAGUCAAAGUACACACAAAGCUACACAUGCACCACGCAUGCUUUAAAGCCAGCAGUGGAACCUAAAAAGUAUUCUUUAUUAUAUCUUUCACUCAGUGAUGUAAGUCACAUUGCUCUUCAAUCUUGUUCAAGUUGAAAGCAAGACAAUAAAGCAAGUCAAUGAAA